AUGCUGGGAAUAAACGAAGACGCGUCACUGACAACAAAGCGGUUUAAGGAUUCGAACGAAGCCAUCAAACCUGUCAAGAGACUUAAAAAAACCACGUAUUUCCCAGUUAAUAACCUCACUAAUCCCCAAACUAAUCAAUCAAAUAUUCAAAAGUCCCCGAUUCGACCAAUUGAUAUAAAUUCAAUAACCACAAAGGUCAACCCUGUUCAGGAAAUUAACAGAAACAAUACUGACAAUUUAACAAAGGUACAGAAGCAACUGGAACUAAACUUUCUCCAGGAGAAUUCUGAUGAUAGUUUUGAUGGAAUUCGCUGGAAGGAAAGCCCUGAAAUCAAAGGGAGCCAUAAGCAGAUGGAAAUAAAAAACUCUUUUGGUGGGUUACCUUCAUCGCCAUUAAAAAACAUUAACCCAGAAUCUGAGAAUGUGGAUGAUCGUACAUCAGACGUUUUGAACAGAUAUGGAUCUGAUUUUGAAAAUGUUUCUAAAAGACGAACUCCAUUAAUGUCAAAGACGCGUUCAGAUAUCACAUCUUCAAGCAGCAAUCACAAAAAACAAACCAACGAAAUAUCCCAACUUCAACGAGCAAAAUCUGGGGAUGUACUCAAAGUCAAAUCAAUUUCAGGGUCUAUUACCGACUCCUUUCAAAACACUUUGAAUAAUUGGAUAAAUAAAUUUGAAACUGAUCCACAAGACGACCAAAAUCCAAACCUGUUACCAGACACUGUUGAAAUGAAUAAAACUAUUCCAAAAAUCAGUACCCCACCUAACCCAAACACGUCAAUUCAAUCUGAGGAUCCAUUCUCUGACGACGAUGAUUUAAUUCAAUUGUUGCACUCAAAAACCUUACCAGAGUGCCCACAAUCACAGCCUGUCUCCAACGAUAACACAUCAAUAAAACCACCUAUGGAAAAUGCAUCAGAUGAUGGCGAAUCAAGUGACGAUCCGUUUACAGAUGACGACUCUGAAUUAAUGGAAGUAUUGAAAACGCAGACACCCAGUGUUACAUCUGCAUUUACCAAAUCUUUCCAGCGAGGUAUUCAAAACUUUGAAAAACUAAAUAUUGAAAACAAAUAUGAGGAACAGGAUAUUGAAAAAGUGCUGGACUUGAUUUAUGAUAGAGUAACAACCCAGAGAUUUCGAAUUGUGAAUAUCAUCGAACAGUAUUAUGGUCCCAAGAGCGAAAAACAAUUAAUUUUAGAAGUUGUAAAUUCGCUGAGAGAUAAAUCAAAGUUGGUUGUUCGUGGUGAGUACUGCGAGUUGGAGUUAGAAAAAGGGGACGUGAUUCACGUUAUAAUCACCGAUAGUGCUCGUCCAACAUUAGUUGAUGACAUGCAUAACCUAUUAAUUUGGAACCCAGACAUUAUGCUAUCAGCAACGACAAUUUCCCAGCAGCUCAACUGCUCGAGAAAAACAGUGAUAUUGUCUCGAUACAAGUUUCCUGGAACACUGACGAUACCCAUCAUUGUUGGGGAAAUAGUUCAUUUUAUUUUUCAAGAAUGUAUUUGUACUGAAAGGUGGGAUAUGGAAUUCAUGAGCCAAGUAUUAGAUCAGUUAUUGCUGCAAUACAUGUUGGCAAUAUUCGGGAUAGGGAAGGAGUUGAAAGACGUUAGGGACGAAGUUGUUAAACAUUUUGAUUAUUUGGAGACAUGGUUUAAGACAUACUACAAACAACCACUCAGCAAGAAAAAUUUAAUUGACGAGACAUCUGAAAAAGAACAGAUCAUGUUUGCUGUGGAAGAAGCUUUGGAUAUUGAAGAAGAAAUCGGAUCACCAAUAUUUGGCAUCAAAGGGAAAAUUGAUGCAACUAUAACAGCGAAAUUUGAAAACAAAAAGUUGAAAGGUCAAUAUAUGAUACCGAUGGAAAUCAAAACCGGUAAGGAGUAUAUUUACCAUCAUGCACAAGCGUCAUUGUACUCAUUGUUGUUUAAGGAUAGAUAUGAUAAGAACAUAGAUUCAUAUUUGCUUGUGUAUACAAAGGAAAAGGUUACGAAAAAGUGCAAUAUCAGAAUUUCCGAGUUGCGUUCAUUGGUGAAUUUGAGAAACAGAGUAUCUAAUUAUAUAAAAGACAAUUUGAAGCUACCUCCUUUGGUAAAGAAUUCCAACUGUGAUAGAUGCGAAAUUAGAAGUGCUUGUAUGACCUUAAACCACUUGACAGAAAAUGGCACCAAAGAAGAAUCUGGUAUUGAGGAAGAGUUGUACGAAGCUAUAACUAGAGAUAUUUUUGAAAACGAUUCAUACCGUAAGUACUUCCAACACUGGGAUGAACUUAUUUCUAAAGAAGAAGACGUUAUGGGUAGAGCAGUCAAAGAGUUAUGGACAAUCCCAGCAGAGGACCAAGAGUUUCAAGGCAAAUGCUUUUCUGGUAUGACGAUCACAAAUUCGAAUGAGACGGAAUCGAACAAUUUCUUAUUCUCAUCAACACAUCAUGACAAAUCCCAGGAUCAGCAAUUCGUGUACACGUUUGCCAAGGCAGAAAACCCUUCCCGGUUCAAUUUAGCAAAAUCACAGGUUACUAUCAACGAUAAAGUUAUUAUAAGUGACGAAGAAGGCCAUUUUGCUUUAACAACAGGAUACGUCAAGCAGAUAACUAAAGAUUUUGUAGUGGUUUCCACUAGACGGAAAAUCAUCACAUCUGAUUACAAAUUGAAAAACUAUAAUAAGGCAAACAACCAAGUAUUCCAAAGUGUCAUCCGAUCUACUCAACAGAAUAUAAGAACUACGACCAAGAAAAGAUUCCGUAUUGAUAAGGAUAGGAUGUUUUAUGGUUUGGGGUUAGCUAGAUAUAACGUCCUAAGUUUAUUCUUACCUAAUGGAGCUUCACAGUUGAGGAAAUUAGUGGUUGAUCUUGAAAAGCCUACUUUUACCGCAUCUUCUUGGGAGAUUCCUGAUGCGGAAACGUUCAACCCUGAUCAAAUUGCGGCGUUGAAAAAAGUAUUUAGUGCUGAUGAUUAUUCUUUGAUAGUGGGGAUGCCCGGUACAGGUAAAACCACUGUGAUUGCUCAACUCAUAAAAGUGCUUGUGGCACAGAGGAAAUCGGUAUUGCUUACUUCCUACACAAAUUCUGCCGUUGAUAAUAUAUUACUUAAACUCAAAGACUUGGAUAUUGAAUUUUUAAGAAUUGGCUACCCCCAAAGAGUUCAUAAAGACAUUAAAGACUACAUUCCUGAAUUCAAAGACUCAAUCACUACAUAUGAACAAUAUGUCAAUACCUAUAUGCGCCCAAAGGUUGUUGCAACCACUUGCUUAAGCAUCACAGACGUUUGUUUCAAUUUGAGAUAUUCUUUUGAUUAUUGCAUCGUCGAUGAAGCUUCGCAAAUCACCUUACCAGUGAGUUUGGGUCCUUUAAGGUUUGCUAAAAAAUUUGUCAUGGUGGGUGAUCACGAUCAGUUGCAACCUUUAGUUACCCAUCCCGACAAAAGAGUUAAACAAGAAUUAUCUCGAUCACUUUUCAGUUUGUUGGCUAAAGAGCAUCCAGAUUCUGUGAGUCACUUGACAUAUCAAUACAGAAUGAAUAGUGAUAUUAUGAAUGUUUGCAAUACUUUGAUUUACAACAAUAAAUUAAAAUGCGGGUCAGAACAAGUUGCCCAAAACUCUUUAAAGAUACCCCACCCAGAAGUUUUAAAUAGCUUUAUUGGUGAAGAUGUUUCGCCGGACCUGCAAUGGAUCCACAAAAUAUUUGAUGAGAAAAACAACGUGCUAUUUUUGGACUAUGAUGCGGUACCUGCUGUUGAAGAAAAUGUGGGUGAAAUGGUAAUUAAUACUAAGGAAGCGCUUUUAAUUCAACAAAUCGUCAACGCAUUGGUUCACGGCGGAGUUAAAGAAGACGAGAUUGGGGUUAUGUCGUUUUACCGUGCUCAGUUAUCAGUAUUGAAAAAGAAUCUUAACAACUUGAAGGAUUUGGAAAUACUCACAGCUGAUCAAUACCAAGGAAGAGACAAAGAAUGUAUUAUCAUAUCUUUAGUUCGGUCAAAUGAACGGAAGUUUGCUGGUGAUUUAAUGAAGGAGUAUCGUAGAUUAAACGUUGCUACAACGAGAGCUAAAACUAAGCUAAUAAUCCUUGGGUCAAGAUUCACAUUAUCCACCAACGAGCUAACAAAGACGUUUAUUGACUAUUUGGAAAACGAAAAGUGGUAUUAUCCUCUUCCAAAAUCGGCACACAAGAUUUACAAGAUUCCAGAAGUGAAUGGGCCAUCACCAACUAGAUCACAAAAAAGCCAAGAUUCGCCAAUAUUGAAUAGAAACCCUAUACUUAAGAAUGUGGUUCAAGACAUUACUAGAUAA